AUGAAUCCAGCUCUGUCUGAUGUAUUAAUCAAUCCAGUGCUUUCCUCAGCCAAGGAUAAGAGUCUAUCAAAGAAGAAAGAGAGGGCUCUAAAGUAUGCAGAUCUCGCAAUUCAAGGUACUAAUAACUCAUCGAUUGCUUCAAAAAGAUCUGUCGAAUCUAUAUACCUACCCAAGUUGAGAAAGAGUACGGAAAUGUCUUUCAAGGAAUAUUUCAAAUACUUUGUCCCCAAAUCUGUUAAUAGAUCACCUUGUAUUAACAGGGGUUACUGGCUCAGGCUGCAUGCAAUUAGAUCAAGAAUAGACUCGAUUGCAGAAAGUACCAAUCAAAAAAUAAUGGUCUUGAAUCUCGGUUGUGGGUUUGAUCCUUUGCCAUUCCAAUAUUUAGAUAAUGAAAACCCUGAGCGUCCAACAUAUUCUGAAAGAAUGACUUUUAUUGAUAUUGAUUACACGGAUGUACUGGCCAAUAAGUUGCAGAUUAUAAGAUCCACAGAAGAUCUCACCAAUAUUCUCGGUAUUGAGAAUGAAAAGUCGAGCGGCAGAACUGAUACUUUCUUAUCAGAACAUUAUAUUGCCAUGCCAUGCGAUUUGAACGAUGCUGCAACUUUUAAGAACGUCACUACAAACGCUAUCUUAGCUGAUCUUCGUGACAGUUCCAUAAUUAAAAUAAUCAUUGCAGAAGUUUCUCUUGCCUAUAUGAAAUCUGAAUUAGCAGAUGAAAUCAUCUCUAUUUGCUCAUCUUUCCCAAACUCACAUUUUAUUAUGCUUGAGCAAUUGCUUCCAGAAGGUCCAAACGAGCCCUUUGGCAAACAGAUGUUGAAACAUUUCAAGAAAAAUGACUCUCCACUCCAGUCUGUUGAAACUUAUCCAACAAUAGCUUCUCAAGAAAUGAGAUUCCAGAAACUAGGUUUCACUAAUGUUAAUGCAGGUGAUAUUUCACAACUUUGGGGUACUGUCGAUUUAUCGAUGAGAAAGCAAGUGGAGGCAGUUCAACCAUUUGAUGAACUGGAAGAAUUUAAUUUAUUCUGUCAUCAUUAUCUAUUGAGUCACGCAACAAAUAACGAUAAGUUUGAAUUUUCUCCCAAAUACAAGUUUGUAGGACCUACCGCGAUAAAUAUAACAGAUUACGAGGUAAUCAAGAACAUAGAAUUUACAAGCCUGGAAUAUGAUCUGAAACGUAAUUUUGGUUCCUCAAUUAAACAUGAUGAAGGAAAUAUAAUGUACACAGGUGGUUGCAAUCCCAAUAGAAUCAGUGACACGCUCAAGAUUGAUACACAGAAGAAUACUUUUAUUCAAUUACAGAAUCAUUCCGUUCUCCCACCUGCUCGUGCAUGUCAUACAUUCACUAGACUUGGUGAUGGUGAAACAGCAAUGGUUAUUGGAGGUAGAAAUGCUCCUCAUCGUGCUGUGAAUGAUUGUUGGUUUUAUAAUUUGAAUACAAAUGAGUGGCAGAAGGGCCCUGAAUUACCGGAACCAAGAUUCAGGCAUUCUUGUGUUGCGACAGAUAAGAACACAUUACUCGUAUGCGGUGGGAAAACUGAUGGACAAGCAUUUUUACUGUACGAUAACAUUUCUGAGACAUUCAAACCUUGUCCGGUAGACCAUCCCUCCCUCAAAAUCCCAUUAAUCUCGGCAGCUGUAGCUUUUGAUGAAAAGAACAACAGGGGUAUUAUUAUGGGAGGUUAUAAUUCUGAAACGGGAAUGAUUUCUGACAGUCUUUUCGUAUUUACAUAUUGUAAAGGUGAAAUAGAAAUACUGAAGCAAAUUACCGAUCCUCUACUAAAAAGGUAUGGUAGCAAGGCAGUCUUCAUACAAGAUUCCGAAAUUUUGGUCGUAGGUGGCACUUCUUCAGACAGAUUAUUUGAUAGCAGAACUAGUGUAAUAAUUGUGAAUAUAGACAGCGCAGAGAUUAAGUUAAUUGAAAUUCCAGAGAGUAUUUGGGCCUCCGAUCAAUCCUUAUUACUGGUAGGUCACGAAGUACAGAGAACAAGCAGUAAUGAAGUCAUUGUAUUAGCAGGAGGCGCUACUUGCUAUGGGUUCGGAGCAGUUACCAAUGCAUCCUUCAAACUCGCCAUAUAA